AUGACUACCUCAACAAAUUUGGAAAACUGCAACGAGAAUGACUUUUACGAUACAUCUGAAGUUAUUUACACGGUUUCCGCAAUAUUUUACAGCUUUAUAGUUAUAGUGGGAGUCCCGGAAAACGUUGCAGCGCUUUGUUUUUUAAUAUGCAAGAAAAAAGAACUGACUGAAGCUAAGAUCUACAUGAUAAGUCUCACAGUGGCCGAUCUCCUGUUUGUGACAUUUCUUCCUCUCUGGAUUGAUUACUAUUACCGCAAAGGCAACUGGAUCUUCACCAGCUUCAUGUGCAGCCUAUGGGGAUCGCUGUUCUACAUCAACACGUAUAACACCAUCUUCUUUCUGGCUGUCAUCAGCUUUAUUCGUUACCGCGCGGUCUCACAGCCGGUAACGGCAGCUCAGUCCAGACAGAUUGUGAGAGGCUCAGUUUUAACUGCUUUAAUCUGGACAUUAACAGUUUGCUUUUCUUUACCGAUUGUAAUCAAUCAUGAAGAUUACCUCAUCAAAACAAACACUGGCAAUGAAAGAUGUUUUGAAAGUUAUGAAGCAAAAAAUACCAAAACACAAGUAAUCGUUAUACAUAUGCUGAUGGAGCUGGGUUUUGUCCUUAGUUUAGUUGUGGUCAUUGCCAACAAUGUCCUUCUCCUUCGAAUACUAUCGGCUGACCAGAAAGCAUUGCGAACUUCGCAAAAUAAGUUCAAGGUCCGCGCUUCUCGGUUGGUGUUUAUGGUCCUGGUCAUCUACACGGUCUCGUUUCUACCUUACCAUGUGGUCCAUUUGCUUUGGACGCUUUUGGUCCUCAACUUCUGGAAAUCUGACGACUGCGCUUUCAGGAAAACUGUCAACGAUGUUCACCAUAUCUCCCUGUGCCUGAUGUGUACCAACUGCAUUCUGGACCCCAUUCUUUACUGUUUCAUGACAACAAAUUUCAGACAAUAUUUUAAAGAGUUAAGACUGUCCUUCACGCGUAAAUGUAUCCUCGGUGGAAGCCCUAAGCCGCAAGAAAUUCAGCUGUCAAGAAAUGUGACCCGAGUCCGGUAA